UGUUGGGUGUAGGGACCACUGUGUGCCGCGGUUCGGCUUCGGAUCGGUAUCUUUGCGCACGGCUUUGGUGAUACUUUCUGCCUGGGAAACCCACUGUUAUUUUAACUUAAGACAAGUGCCGAAAUGGGAACCAAGCAUCGUGAAUCUAACUGGGAAUAUCAGUCGGUGGAGUAGUGGCAUGUGGAGUUAAACGAACCGCACUGAUCUUUGCUACUCUCCCCAGCGCAUCUUCUACUCUGUUCAUAUCUACCAGAUGGGUUAAUUGUACAGUUUUCCCAGCAGUUUGCGUCAUUCUUGGUACCUUACGCGCUUUGCAGUGAAAUAUCCCUCCCAUUGAUUUAAAUGGAAUUUUGGAAAAGAGCAAUAAAUCCCUUUUUGAUUUCUCUCGCUGAACUCUAUAAAUGAGUCUUUUUCAGACCGCGUCCGCCUCUGGGCAAAGCGAUUCUCAAUGGCAAACUCAAGUACAUAUCACCCGCCACUGAAUUUACUGGAAAUACAACUUAUUUGCCUUUUCUGUUUAUUUAUAUGUAUGUAGCCUAUUUUUUCUGUUCGCGAAGUUUGUAGGCUAAUUCGCGGAAAAGUCUAAACACGGAUCAACAUGAAAACUAAAGCUCUAUAUUGACAUCUUCCUGGCGAUACAGAAUAAAGUUUCAAAUCAGAUCAAAUUAUUUUGAAAUCUCAAAUGGGCUUCCUAGUCAGUUCUACAGUAAGCAUAUUGUCCAAACUUCAGCGUACCUCAAAGGCAAAAAAGUUAUUUAGUGUACAUAUGUUUUUAUGAGAGCACCAAGAAGAGAUGUUCGGGAAAAAAUAGUCUAUAACUAUUCUACUGUGGACUAUUCAAUUCUAAAUUACGCGCCUUUUGCGAAGUUGGUUAUAACUCUGACACAUGGUGGGGUGACAUUUUAGUGCAUUUUGGUGCCGAAGGCCGUGUUCAGCUGCCUCACUGACUGCACCAUGCGGACCAUAGUGCUGCUGAUGGGGGCGAAGGCAGCCUGUCUGCUCUUGGCAGCGGCGCUCGCUGGCACCGGGGCGGACGUCAGUAGCGGCCGGUGGUGGGGAAUCAUAAACAUGGCUUCCUCUGCUAACCACCUCACUAAUUCAAAGAGUGGACAGAUGUUUCUGGACCCCAGCUUAGCACUGCUGAACCGUCGCCAGCGGCGUCUGAUCCGGCAGAACCCUGGCGUGCUCUCCUCCAUCGUGGCCGGCCUGCAGACUGCCAUCAAGGAGUGCCAGUGGCAGUUUCGCAACCGGCGGUGGAACUGCCCAACCACGCAGGGCCCUGCUAUCUUCGGCAAAAUCGUCAGCCGGGGUUGUCGGGAGACGGCGUUCAUCUUUGCGAUCACCAGCGCGGGGGUCAUGCACGCGGUGGCACGCUCCUGCUCAGAGGGGACCAUCGAGACCUGCACGUGUGACCAUCGCUGGCCCGGACCCGGGGGCCCAGACUGGCACUGGGGGGGCUGCAGCGACAACGUGGAGUUCGGCCGCGCUUUCAGCCGGGAGCUGGCAGACUCCAGCGAGAGAGGCAGCGACCUGCGCUACCUCACCAACCUGCACAACAACGAGGCGGGCAGGGCGACGGUGGAAUCCGGGAUGCGGCGGGAAUGCAAAUGCCACGGCAUGUCAGGCUCCUGCUCACUGCGGACCUGCUGGAUGCGGCUUCCAGGCCUCCGCACCGUCAGCGACCUGCUGAAGGACCGCUUCGAUGGAGCCUCGUGUGUCGUCUACGCCAACCGCGGCAGCAACCGCGGCAGCAACCGGGCCUCCAACAGGGCCGGCCCGCACCACCUGGAGCCCGAGGACCCCGCCCACAAGCCUCCCUCAGUCGGGGACCUGGUCUACUUCGAGAAGUCGCCCAGUUUCUGCUCGCGUAACAGGAAAACAGGCAGCCUGGGUACUCUGGGGCGGAGCUGCAACAGCUCGUCGGCAGGGCUGGACGGGUGCGAGCUGCUAUGCUGUGGGCGGGGCUACAGGGCACACGCUGAGAGCGUGGUAGAAAGGUGCCACUGCACAUUCCACUGGUGCUGCCAUGUCAGCUGCCUGAACUGCACCAGCACACGGAUCUCGCACCAGUGUCUCUGAGAGGU